AUGUGGACACUGGCUCCCCUGGCGUUCCCCGGGAAGCUGCUGGGCGCCCUGUGGGGCAGCCUGGCGUCCCUGCUCCUGUGGCUCCGGGCGGCGCUCCGGCUGGCGGGGACCGACCGGGGCCGGGGGCGGCAGGAGGGGCCGGAGCCCGAGGGGGCCGGGGAGGAGGAGGAGGGCGGCCGCGGCCAGGACGGGCCCCUCACGCCCACCAGCGUCAACUACCACUUCACGCGCCAGUGCAACUACAAGUGUGGCUUCUGCUUCCACACGGCCAAGACCUCCUUCGUGCUGCCCCUGGAGGAGGCCCAGCGGGGGCUGCGGCUGCUCCGGGAGGCCGGCAUGGAGAAGGUGAACUUCUCGGGCGGGGAGCCCUUCCUGAAGGACCGCGGCGAGUACCUGGGCCGCCUGGUGAGGUUCUGCAAGCAGGAGCUGGGCCUGCCCAGCGUGAGCAUCGUCAGCAACGGCAGCCUCAUCCGCGAGCGCUGGUUCAAGGACUACGGCCAGUACCUGGACAUCCUCGCCGUCUCCUGCGACAGCUUUAACGAGGACGUGAACGUCCUCAUCGGCCGCGGCCAGGGGAAGCUCAACCACGUGGAGAACCUGCGGCAGCUGAGGCGCUGGUGCCGGCAGUACCGCGUGGCCUUCAAGAUCAACUCGGUCAUCAACCGCUUCAACGUGGACGAGGACAUGCGCGCCCACAUCCAGGAGCUGAACCCGGUGCGCUGGAAGGUGUUCCAGUGCCUCCUCAUCGAGGGCGAGAACGUGGGGGACAGCGCCCUGCGCGAGGCCGAGCGCUUCGUCAUCAGCGAGGAGGAGUUCCAGGGCUUCCUGGACCGGCACCGCGGGGUGCCCUGCCUGGUGCCCGAGAGCAACGACAAGAUGAAGGACUCGUACCUGAUCCUGGAUGAGUAUAUGCGCUUCCUGAACUGCAGAGAGGGCCGGAAGGACCCGUCCCCGUCCAUCCUGGACGUGGGCGUGCAGGAGGCCAUCAAGUUCAGCGGGUUCGACGAGGAGACGUUCCUCAAGCGCGGCGGGAAGUACGUCUGGAGCAAGGCCGACCUGAAGCUGGACUGGUAGAGCUGCCGGCGCCGGGCCACGUGGCCACGGCGUGCGUUACCGUGGACACGGAAACCCACGGAUGCGGGCACUUGCUGGGGUCACUUCGCCUGCUCGGUUUGGGUCUGGGAUUUUUGAGCUCCGUGUCCUGUGAUGCCUGCGUUUCCAUCUCCAAGUUACUUCCUCUCGUUUGUUCGUGUGACGGUCACGUCUUUUCUGCUGAAUCCCCAGAGGCCAGUGUUCACAUCUGGAAAAGCUGGGACUCCUCCCUGCGGCCACGGCUGCUUGUGGCAACGCCGUCUCCCUUCCCGCCCUCGCACCGUGGCCACCCGGACUCCCUCCCCCGGCGUGCAGAGCGCGGCACCGGUGUGUCCGGCUCAGGAACGGCCGCCUCAUCAGGCUUCGGUGCCGGCCCGGGGAGGUAGCCGCGUCCCCCAUGAUGCCGGGCCCAGCCCAGGGCCCAGGCUGACAGCUCCUGAAAUGAGGGCUCUCUCUCCCUCGCUCUCUCUCGCUCUCUUUCCUCUCCAAGAUUCCUAGCAAAUCCCAGGCACACUUCCCAGUUCACGAUGCAGCUGACCUUGGGGUGCUGCGUGAACCCAUUCUUCAGCCACACGAGUCUGUUCAGCAGGAACUGGCCAGUGUAGGGGGCAGAUGGCGGUGGGCACGGGCGGGACUUCCGGGCGCCCGGCGUGUGGGAGAGUGAGGAGGGGCACACGCCGCACCUGACCCCCAUGUCGACGAAGCCGAGGGCCGGGUCCUGCUUCUCGAGUCCUCGGGGUCACGGGCAGUGAAGCGCCGUGCAGGCCCGGGGACGGGGCCCCGCGUCUCGCCUCGCACCACGAGAGACCGGGAGGGACCUGUCCCCGAAAGGGGUCAGGGCCAGAGCCUUGUUUAUGUAACCGAGUCCUUGUUUAAGGCCUGGAGAAGGAUAGCUUCCUGUCAUUGUUCCCAAAAGAGCAAAAUCACGGAAAAUUUUUGGCCGGAGCAGAGGGAAGAGCUAUUUCCAUCCCGCUGCCGCUCCGCUGCCCGCCACGAGGGGGCGCAUGGCCGGCUGCGUAGCCGCCCCGCUGGCCGAUCUGU